AUGCCACCUAGGCGGUAUGAGGAGCGGGCUUAUGUGCUGGAUUUCAACCCCAGGGCCAAAUCGGUUACCGUGCGGGGGCGAGAGGGGAUCAUCGUCACCGCCAUCGGGGAGGACAGGUUUACGCUGCUGGAGAUCCUGGGAGCCGAAAACUCGACGUUUACGAUGGGCGAGAAGAUCUACAUAGGCAAGGAGGGGCGAAAGAAGGUCCAGUCGGUGCUGGGCAAGAUCGAGUACUCGAGAAUAUCCCACGCGGCGCAGGGCGAGCUUCCAUCCGUAGUGGAGACGAUAGUGACCGAGAAUGAGGGGCGGUUCAUCGAAUACCUCAAUACGGCCCAGCCGCUGACCCCGAGAAUCCACGCUCUGGAUCUCAUUCCGGGAAUCGGCAAGACAUACAUGCAGACCAUGCUGGAGGAGCGGGAGAAGAAAAAGUUCGAGAGCUUUGACGAGCUGUACGAGAGGGUGGGGUUCAAGGAGCCCAUAAAGCACAUCUCGCAGAGAAUCAUGGAAGAGAUCAGCGGCGAGACAAGAAUAAACCUCUUCGUCAAGAGAUGA